GCACCGAACCGUCCCCCACAGACAGACAUGGCCACAGGGUCUCUACAAGCUCUCCAAGUCGCCUCCACAUUUAAGCGAAUUUUCUCCUUCCUGAGCCUUGCCCCUGCCGCCUCUGCCUCCACGAAUAUACCUACAUCUUCCCUCGUGCUGCCUAGGCCCCUGUCAACGUCCAACAAGUUAAAUAUGGCGAAUUACGAGGAGGAGAAGAGGAGGUUCUUGAAUAUGUCCCCAUCUGAGAGGCGGCACCAGUAUCCCAGUGGCCAUGUCCCCCUGUCCACCAUCCCCCCGUGGCCACAGUACUACGCGGCCAAUAAGUACGCGGUGUCCAAGGCCAGUCUUCCCCAGGGUCAGGUGAACCAGGUGUUGGGCGGCAGCCAAUACCCCGUGGACGAGGACCUGAAUAAGAGGGUCUCCAUUUUCGUGGGGGACAUCACCAAGCUGGAGGUGGAUGCCAUCGUCAACGCCGCCAACAACAGCCUGCGUGGCGGGGGCGGCGUGGACGGGGCCGUGCACCGCGCCGCCGGUCGCUUCCUCUACGAAGAGUGCGUCACACUGAACGGCUGCGAGACCGGGGACGCCAAGAUAACCGGCGGCUACCGACUCCCGGCGCGCUACAUCAUCCACACGGUUGGACCUGUUGGCGAGCGCCCCGGCCUGCUGGAAGCCUGCUACCGGAGGAGCCUGCAGCUGGCCGUGGAGAAUGGGGUGCGCACGCUGGCCUUCCCCUGUGUGUCCACGGGGGUGUAUGGGUACCCGGGGGAGGCGGCGGUGCAGGUGGUGCUGCCCACGGUGCGCACCAUGCUGGAGGGGCACCGUGACGCCAUCGACCGCGUCAUCUUCUGCCUCUUCCUCAAGGCUGAUGUUGAUAUCUACCACCGAUACCUCCCCGUCUACUUCCCUAUCGGUACGGGGAAGUGAUGAGGAGGGCUAGGAUGCUCUCUCUCUCUCUCUCUCUCUCUCUAAAUGUCUUUCUAUCUGUAUCUAUAUCUAUCUAUCUAUCUAUCUAUAUCAUUGGUAGUAAGAGUAAGAGAAGAGGGAGGAAUGUUAGAUGAACUCUCUCUCUCUCUCUCUCUCUCUCUCUCUCUCUCUCUCUCUCUCUCUCUCUCUCUCUCUCUCUCUCUCUCUAAAUGUCUUUCUAUCUGUAUCUAUAUCUAUCUAUCUAUCUAUAUCAUUGGUAGUAAGAGUGAGAGAAGAGGGAGGAAUGUUAGAUGAACUCUCUCUCUCUCUCUCUCUCUCUCUCUCUCUCUCUCUCUCUCUCUCUCAGAUGCACAUAUCAGUAGUAAUUUUUAUCUUCACUCGACUUAAUUAAAUCGCCUCCUCCUCCUCCUCCUCUUCCUCCUCCUCCUCCUCCUCCUCCUCCUCCUCCUCCUCUACCACCCACAUUUAUUAUUUCAUUUUAUUUUAAGUUUUAUUCUCGUACGUAACUAUACGUAUCCGAGAUCAAAUCAGCGUCUGAACCACUCGGCGAAUUUGACCGUGAGAGGCAUUACCAUUACUAUUAUCAUCAUUAUUACUAUUAUUAUUAUUAUUAUUAUUUCUAUUAUUAUUAGUGGAUCUGGUGUUAUGCCUUGGGUUAAUGUUGUAUAAGGAGUAUCUCUAACCUGGUUACCUAGGCUGUGAUUUGACUGUGGAGUUUUGAGAAAUUUUUACAUAGACUCUCAUUUGACUUGUAAACAAAGGGGGUACUUACAUAUAAUCUUCCAGUAGGUUUUCUGGAUUUUCUUGUGUGUGUGUGUGUGUGUGUGUGUGUGUGUGUGUGUGUGUGUGUGUGUGAGAGACUUGUUAUUUAGUAUAUUUGUGUAAGGAACUUCUUCUUCUUCUUCUUCUUCUUCUUCUUCUUCUUCUUCUUCUUCUUCUUCUUCUUUUAACCUGUAUAGCUUCGUAGGUCCUUCCCUCCUAUUCUUUUCCUUCUUUCCUUCCCAUUCUUUCUCUUCCUUCCUUCCUUUUUCUUAAUUUCUUUCCUGUAUCUCCCUUUCUUUCCUUCCUUCCUAUGCUUUCUCCCCAUCGUCUUUCUCUCCCUUCCUUCUUUCCUUCCUUCCUUUCUACCUUUCCCUUCUCUUCCUUCCUUUCUUUCUCUCCCUUCCUUCCUUUCUCUCCCUUCCUUUUCUUUAUACCUUUCCUUUUUCUUCCUUCCUAUUCUUUCUCUCUUCCUUCCUUCCUUCCUCUCUUCCUUCCUAUACUUUCUCCUCUAUCAAACUUCCCUUUAAUUGAUAGGCCAAGGAUAGAUAGAUAGAAAGAUAGAUGCCUUACACACACACACACACACACACACACACACACACACACACACACACACACACACACACACACACACACACACACACACACACACACACCACCGUCUAUAACAUUUCCGUAGGUCUGUCUUCCCGUCUGUCUGUCUGUCUGUCUAAUAAACGAAGACUAGCGCACACACUUGGCGUCCUUGUAUCGCCAUUAACCUCAGCACAAUUAAGAGCCAGGAUGUUAAAGCUUGGUAGGUAGUCUUAGGUUAGCAUUAGAAGGAGGGGAUGAAGAAGCAAAGGAAGGGAUGAAUGAAGAGAAAAAAGUAAAGGAAAGGAAAGGAGGGAAUAGAUUAAGAAUGAGAAAAGGGGAAAAGAAUGGCAAGAAAGGUAGAAAGACAGAAGGAAAAAAUGUCAGUAAGAUGAGGAAAUAUGGAUUAUUUGGGAUAUUAGAAGGAAAAGGAAAUAUAUGAAUAGGUUGUAAUAUUAGAAGUGGAAAGGAAACAUUAACUAAGGCUCGCUGCACACGAGUGGUUUCUGUUGCUGCGGCACAUGCCAGAGCAGCAGCCGCAUGCCCUUUCAAACGAGCAGUUUCUGCCGCUCCGGCGAGCGGCAGCCGCAUGGCACCUGGACAUCUACGGUCAAGUGCGGUGUCUGCCGCAUCCGCUUCGGUAUCUCCUUCAGUCAUAUUUGUAAUCCUCUCUCGAGGGAUCCCACAAGCAAGGCCGUCUUUCAACCUCGGAGAUCAGCAGCUCCGUGUCGCGAUAAUUUUUGAUUAGCCAUAACCCUGAAAUUUAUAUGCAGAUGUUUGUUGUACAGAGGUAUACAGAAUUAAUAUGUAAGACACUUACAUUUUCAAUAUACAUUAAUUGAAAGUUCAUAAGAUGAAAAAUAUAGUGCAUACCAGCUUUUGCAAUGAUGCAGACAAAGUGGUCGCGUGCCCUUCCUGCCAGUGCUGACAGACAACUAUCCCUCGCAACACGCGGCAAACACCACACGUGUGAACGCGCCCACAGCAACACAUGACCACCGAAACUGCUGUGCGGCAUUUCUGCCGCUGCGGUCUUGCUGGCAGUCCGGCAGGGUGCGGCUGGCAGAGUGGCAGUCCUGACGCUCUGGCUUUGUGUGAACGCACCCAUAGGAGUCAAUGUAAAGCUCAGCCGUCCGGCACGUGCCGCAGCGGCAGAAACCGCUCGUGUGGAAGGGGCCUUAGACGGAAGACUAUUAUGUGUUCGUUGAAAUAUAUAUGUAAGUUGAAAUAAAAAAAGUAAAAUGUGAAUUGGUUGAAAUAUUAGAAGCAAAAAAAAAAAAGACAUGUUAGUGGAAAUAUUAAAGAAAGAUUUGUAUUACCUGUGAUUAAAGCUGGAACGAUAUGUAUAAGUUGAAUUAUAAGAAGGAAAAAAAAUGUUUGUUGAAGUGUUAAAAGGCAGAGAAAAAACAUGAAUUAGUCAAAAUAUUCAAGAAAGAGAAAAAAUAUGAAUCGGCAGAAAUAUAUAUAAAGAAAACACAUGAAUUACUAAUUGAAAUAAAGGAAAAAGGGAGAAAAAUGAAUUACUUGAAAUAUUAUAAAAAAAGAAAAAAAAAACAUUAGCGGAGAUAUUAAAAGAAAAACACGAACUGCGAUUUUUAAAGAAGCAAAACGAACAUUGAUUGAGUGAUUGAUAGUUAACGAAAAUAAUAACAAUAAAAAAAUUCAACCACACCAUUUUAAAUACCAGAACACUUGCAACAUUGAACUCCAAGACUGCGUGACACAAGGACAUGUAAUUGACAUGUAUCUUGGUCUGGGUCUUGCCGAUGGGGGCUGUACAGUGCUAUAAUACAAAUAAUAAUCAUGGAAAAAUAUCUAA